AUGGUGGGGCUAAGAAACCGCUCAACGUGGGAGCCAUUGCUAUUAAAGGCCUCCUGCAUCAAGUCCUGUGCCAACGGCUGCUCAUUGGGCAUCACCGCACACCUUACAUAUGCCAAUGCUGACACAGAGUCUGUGGAAGGUGUGUUUGUGUACCCUCUUCGGGAAAAAGAGGUCGUGGUGGAGUUUCAGGCUGUAAUUGCGGGUCGGCUGGUGGGAGUGCAGAUCCAGAGCCGAGGGAAGCUGAAGGACUGCUGUUUGGACUGCUGCCCUGGUUCUGGUCUCGAAGGAUACUGUGGGAAAGACCAGGAGUGGCGCUGCUGUGGGAUGUCCAACCUGGACAUGCAGUGCAGCAACGGACAUCUCAUCCUGGACGAGGACCUGGAAAGAACCACCUUUAUUGUGGGCUGUGGGGUCAUUGGCCCCAUGGAUAUAGUGUCUGUGAUUAUUAGCACCACCGUUGAACUCACCACAUUAGAAAAUGGAGCGAUUCGAAUCGUCUACCCUGCGCUGCUUACUCCUGUAGUCUGUGGCCAGAUGACUUCAAGCAAGAGUGAAAACGGAGGGAAAUCUGAAGAAACGGGGGCAACAAGCUGUUUUGGUGCCACCUCAGGAAAACAAGAUCGAGCCGUAGACACGGAGCAGCAGUGCUCUCAUGCUGUCUUUACCAACCCUGCAGCCAACCUGGCACCUUAUGAGCUCAGCUUCCAGCUGCUGGUCAGAGCGGCCUGUCUGCUAGCUGGACUGGAGAGCCCUACACAUGCACUGAGAGCAGAUGCAGACCCCAGUGCUCAGAGUGCCUCUGCCACCUACAUCACGUUGGCUCAGGAACAUCCAUACGACCGACACAUCGAGAUCAUUUUGCACCUCAGUGCGCCUCACAGCCCAUUAGUAAUAUUAGAGAGAGGUCGACUCUCCUUCAGUCAGUACGAGCAGCAAAUCUGUUCCCGCCGUGACUUUGUUCGCUGCACCCACAAAGAUUCAGAGCCGGACAGAAAGGUGGAGUAUGUUAGGAAGCGAUACCACAAAGAUAUCCUCUGCAGCCCCGUCUUGAUGCUCAACUUCUGCCCAGACUUACUGUCUGAACCUCUGGAGCUGCACAAAGCCACCAGAGAGCUGCUGUUCCUCAUCGACCGCAGUGGCAGCAUGAGCGGCAACAACAUCCGUCGUGUAAAGGAAGCCAUGGCGGUGGCCCUGAAGAGCCUUCCCUCUGGUACAAUGCUAAAUAUUGUGGGCUUUGGGACCACCAUGAAACCUCUGUUCAACUCCAGCAAGCUCUGCACUGAUGUGACGCUGAUGCAGGCGUACGAGUACGUCCAGAGGGUGAGAGCAGACAUGCGAGGCACCAACCUGCUGGGAGCACUGUCCUGGCUCUACCAGCAGCCCAUGCAGCGCUCGUAUCCCCGUCAGGUCUUCAUCAUCACAGACGGGUCCAUCAGCAAUGUGGCCAAGGUGCUGGAGUUGGUGCGCAGAAACACAUGCGCUGGCAGAUGUUUUGGCCUGGGCCUUGGUCCUCGAGCCUGCAGGAGACUCCUGCAGGGAGUUGCCAGACUGACAGGAGGGAUGACUGAGUUUUUGGAUGAUGAGGAGAGACUCCAGCCAAAGCUGAUCAAAUCUCUGAAAAAAGCCUUUGAACCCGUUUUGACGGAUGUUCGCAUCAACUGGUACCUGCCAGAGAACAUGGAGGCUCUUCUUUCACCCAAUGAAAUCCCUCCUCUGUAUCCUGGUGACUGUCUGACUGGGUAUUGCACUCUUUACGACAUGACAAAUUUCAAAGCAAAAAAGGCAGAGUUUGAAGGACGGGAUUGCAGGAGUUUACAUCGUUACUCCAUGGGUUCUGUUUUUGACCAGUCAAACGACGAGCUGUCGCCCCCUCCUGCCUCUGAGCUCAUGCCUGUGGCGACAUGUGCAGAUGCAACAGACCUGGAGGAAGCUCUGAGAGAAAUUUCCAGAGAAAUUUCAUCUGAGUUCUCCUGCGCCAGAGACAUCGGCCCGUCCAGUCCAGGUGUGGAGCUGGACUGGUCCAGUGAUAUAAGGAGGAGGAUCCAGGAGAGCUCAUACAUUCAGGAGCAGUAUGUCCUCACCCACUGCUCCCUGAGCAGCGAGCGAAGUCUUCAAACCCACUCCCAGUCACACAUCCAUGCCUCAAACUCUGACUCAGCAGGUGGCCUGUUUCUUUCAGAGUAUCCUUCUUCUGGUCCCGUGUUGGAAACAGGGUCCCUACCGCAAGGUCUUGAGAGAAUGCCCCAACCAGAACGCUCAUCAUUAUCUCGCUGGGCUGAUCCAGAAUGGCGGCAAAACCUUUCAGCUGAAACCUCUGGCAAAGCAGCCAAGAAGGAUGGGCGUUCGGACGGAGGUGAGGCUUUACGUAGGAGACAAAAAGCCCUAGCUCGUUCAACCAUGGCAGCAAGGAGUUUCUCCUCACCCCAGGGUGAACUAGAGAUGCAUCGCCUGAGGAGAGCUCUGGAGAGGGUCUCAUUUGACCAAACCCUCGGAGGGAGGCUGGACGAAAGUGAUGGAGAAACAAAGCCUCCAUCACAAGAGCCAGCAUCCCACAGAAGCCUCACUGACUCCAAUGGACUCCUGUUUCCUGCCUCUCCUCUGGACUGGGACAACCUCACAGACCCAGAGUAUCUCUUUACCUCUGCCUCACCCGAAGACCCCACUCCAGGUCAGUGUCGCUCCCACAUUCACGGCCUGCUGAACGGCAGGCCGGAGUCUUGGGAGGUCACUGUGGACCUGGGGCACCUUUGGACCCCUGAGGGUUCAACUACAGGGGUCGAUGAAUGUGGAGUCGAUGGGGAAGAAGGAGGAAAGCCAUGGGAGGAGCUCGUUCACCAGCUGACUGCUCGCUCAGUUAUAAGAGACUUUGAGAAACUGGCAGAAAAAGAGAACGACAAAGGACAUGGUUCAUCUAAACGAUACCGUAUGAAGGCCAUUCAAACAAGUAAGCACUGUAACAUCAUAUGUAUGUACACGGCCUUCACCACCACUGACGGCAACAUCAACAAAGGCCUUUCAGACAACAUGGACAUCCACAACACAGGGAUUCACUUGGGCAACAGGCAAACUUCUCAGUCCAGUGGUCGCAGGCAGAGGGCCUACUCUGUUGGUCUGGGCAGACGGCGGUCCAUCAGAAACUACGAAGAAGAGGAAGACACCAGGAACUCUACAGAUGUAGGUGGCAGCGGCACCUGUUCUUUGGCUCCUGUAACUUCAGGUCUUUCAUGCAACUGUUCACAGCGAUCCAUAGAGAGCAAGUCAAUGGAGAGCUUCUUUGGUACCAGGUUUCCACUGGGCAGACUCCGAUCUUCUAUCUCAUCAGGAAAGCAGAUUCCUCUCAAGUCCCACUGUUUAUCUGCAGAGACGGACAAGCAAUCUGAGGGUGAAGCUCCAGACUAUCUGCCUCUGGUGCAUCUACAGCUGGCCUCGGGAGCUUUUUUGCUGACUGAGAUCUACUCAGACUGCGUCCAGAUCCCCCUGGACCGCCUUAAAAGAGCAUCACCUUACGGUCUUCACCGCCGCAGUCUCAGCCCAGCCUUCCGCUGUACUUCUCCCAGCGCUCCCUCUUUAUCCACUUCUGCCAAGCCUCCAGGGGCUCCUGCUGGUCACCAUGUUACCUUUUCUCCAUCUUCGUGCUCUAUUGCCAAAUCGUCUGCUCCUCCUUUCCACCACACUCCUAUCGACAACCCCUUGAUUUUGGAGUUGAAGCUUGUGCGAAGACACCUGUCUGACCGAGACCCUGUCACCUCACCUCCUGACCUCCUCAGCUCAGAGGAGGGUUCCUUGGAGCUAUCCAUUGGCCCUUCUCAAAGUCUGGGACAAGCAGACAGUGGUCGUGGCUCAGAGACAGACAUAUGCGAGGGCUCCUCAGUGGAGCUUGGUGACCUCCAGGGCAGCGGUCAGUUGGCUCAAGAAGACCUGGAGGGCUCGACCUGGGCCACAGCUGUGGCUCUGGCUUGGCUGGAGCACCGGUGUGCCGGGUACUUCAUGGAGUGGGAAUUGGUGGCAGCAAAAGCAGACUUCUGGCUGCGCUGUCAGAAGCUGCCGGAGGGGGUGGACCUCGCAGGGCUCAGAGGAGCAGCCAGACAGCUGUUUCUGCUGCUGCGUCACUGGGAUGAGAACAUCAAACUGAACAUGCUGUGUUAUAACCCCAACAAUAUGUGACAAUCAUCUCAGAAGAAACUUGAGUCAGACUUGCUGAUUUACAGACUGCUUCGGAAUAAUGACCAAAAACAUUUACAGAAAAAGAAAACAUAUUUUAACUAACACAAACCAAU